GAUAUUGUUCUGAUCGAGCUAAUAUAAUUAAGUUUCACAGAAAGCUAUUUUCCUGUGUUUAAAGCAAUAGGUUAAUCCAGAAUCUCGCAGGAAAUAUUAUCCACUCCGGGUCUUUAUAACUGCCUUUGUUCCUCCAUCUAUAUAUGUAUUAUUUUUUCUCUCUCUCGACAUUCGGUGCUGCAGCAUCACUGUGUAUGAGUGCAGGCAGCAGGGAUUGUGAGAAUGUGUUUCAGUAAAUGCUCUACAGUGAAUGCAUCAAGCCUGCUGGACAACUGCUGUUUACUAGAAAGAGCAUCGUUUCAGGAUUAGGUGUAUUUUCUACACACGUGGUCUGAGCAGACUGUGAACCCUGUGUAGAGAUGCUGCCUGGCCUGCUGCGUUCCACCAGCAUUUUGUGCGUGUUGCUUGAAUUUCCAGCAUCUGCAGAUUUCCUUGUGUUUGUGAAUAUGACAAUAAUGCUAAACAAUGGAGCUGAGCAGCCUUUGAAACACCUGUCAUGAAGACAGUUCUGAUGUACUUGCCAGUGAUCAUCAUGGAAAAGGCACAUCUGGGAGAUCUUCAAAAUCUCAGGUGGUGACGAGAGGGCGUACAGGAGUGAGAUAUGCCAACUAGUGGAGUGGUGUCGCAGCAACAACCUGGCACUCAACAUCAGUAGGAAGAAAGAGCUGAUUGUGGACUUCAGGAAAGCUAAAAGUUUAUUCAUCAAUUUGACAAGAGCACAUGGGAAGAAUACAAUCACAAAGGAGCAGGAAAGAACAAGGAGUCAGGGAACACAGACAAAAAAGAUUUCCCAGAAGGGGCAAGUAGUUCCGGCAUAAGUCCCUUAAAGUCAAAUUAUGUGUGUGUGUCAAUCUCCUGCGCUGUUCUACAGGCUGAUUUGUGAUCAGGGCUUUCUCAAGACACCUCUUGAUACUAGCUACAGGUAUUAAAUGACUUGGGAAAAGUCUGAGUCACGACAAUGAAAGGGUUAUCGAGCAGCCGAGGCCACCUUCAUACAGCCAACUGUGACCUUUCAUAUGAUGCACUUUCCCAUCAACAGGAAAGGAAGCCAUACAUAAUCAGUCCAGUUAACUCCCAGCCUGGGGAGCAUUCAUAUUACUCCCAGCGGAACUCUUUUCACUCAGACUGCACCGUUCCACUCAAUGACCAAAUAUCCAGCAGUACUUUUCCCAGAAGACAUUAUAGUUCACAUCAUGAUCUCAAGGAUGAAUGUGCCCUCGUGCCUGCACCCACAUCCAAUAAAAUUAAUCGGAUACCUGCUAAUCUCCUGGACCAGUUUGAAAGGCAGCUCCCAAUCCGCCGGGAUGGCUUCCAUACAUUGCAGUAUAAACGGUCAGCCCUGGAACAGCGAAGUGAAAGUCCAGGACGGAUACGCCAUCUGGUCCAUUCAGUGCAGAAGUUGUUUACCAAGUCCCAUUCUCUGGAAGGUCCUUCCAAGGGAAAUAUAAAUGGCCAUAAAGCAAAUUCCGAUGAGGUGCAUGCUGUGAAACGUGGGAAACGGAGCAAGAGCAGAGAAAGGAAGUCAGAAUUGAAGAACAAAUCUAACAUUUCAAGUUGGUGGAGCUCAGAGGAUAACCUGGAUGGUGAUGUAUGCCUUUAUCAUGGACCGACAAACGUGAUGACCAUGGGUCGAUGUCCUGACCGCUCAGCAUCCCAGUACUUCAUGGAAGCUUACAAUACCAUCAGUGAACAGACCUUGAAAUCUUCCCGCAGCAAUAAUGACAUGAAGUGCACAACUUGUGUAAAUAUUCCCCUGAACGUUGAUGCACAGAUCAUGAAGAAAAGCUCGUGGUCUUCAACUUUAACUGUCAGCCGAGCCCAUGAAGUUUAUCAGAAAUCCUCAGUGAACCUUGAUAAUAAAACUCUCAUGAAAUCAGAAACAUGCCAGCAAGAACGUUCAUGCCAGUAUCUCCAGGUUCCUCAAGAUGAAUGGAGUGGCUUUUCACCACAAGGCAAGGAAGAUGAAAUUCCUUGUCGGCGGAUGCGCAGUGGCAGUUAUAUUAAAGCAAUGGGGGAUGACGAUAGUGGGGACUCAGACACCAGUCCCAAACCGUCUCCAAAAAUUGCUGCACGACGAGAGAGCUAUCUCAAGGCCACCCAACCAUCCCUAACAGAGCUCAGCACACUCAAGAUAUCAAAUGAACACUCUCCCAAGCUUCAAAUCCGAAGCCACAGCUACUUACGGGCAGUCAGUGAAGUGUCGAUUAACCGAAGUUUGGACAGUUUGGAUCCCGCGGUGCUUCUUGCCUCGCCUAAAUUCCGUUCUCGCAAUGAAAGUUACAUGAGAGCCAUGAGCACCAUCAGCCAAGUGAGUGAAGUGGAAGUUAAUGGGCAAUUUGAAUCUGUUUGCGAGUCAGUAUUUAAUGAAUUGGAGUCACAGGCCGUUGAGGCACUGGAUCUGCCUAUGCCAGAGUACUUCCGAAUGCGAAGCCACAGCUACGUGAGGGCAAUCGAACGUGGCUGCUCACAGGAUGAUGAAAGUUUGUCACUUAGGUCAACAUCACCACCUCGAACCACGACAACAGUGAGGACAAUCCAAAGCAGUACUGUGUCAUCGUGUAUUACUACAUAUAAGAAAAAUCCUCCUCCAGUCCCACCACGGACCACAAUUAAACCAUUCAUCUCAAUCACUGCACAGAGCAGCACAGAAUCUGCGCAGGAUGCAUAUUUGGAUGGACAUACCCAGAGGGGUGAUCUAAACAGCCAGUCAGGAUUAAGUAACUCCACAGAAAGUUUGGAUAGUGUCAAAGCCUUAACUGCCGCUAUCGAAGCUGCAAAUGCACAGGUUCAUGGACCAUCUAACAGUCAACAGUACAUUGACAACACACCAGCAAAUGACAAGGGAAUCCAGCCAGCGGAGGAACUGAAAGGAGAUGUGUUGAGGAAAAGCAAAUGUUCUUCUGUUGGAAUACAGGUUGAUGGUCCAGAACACAUGGCUUUAGCAGAUACACAUACAAACAAAUUUCAGUCAGUAGGAAUUCAAGUGGAGACAGAGAAGUGUUUUCGAAGAUUUACGAGAUCAAACAGUGUGACAGCUGCAGUACAGGCUGAUCUGGAUUAUAAGGAAAGUUGUGAAAUUUCACUGGUGCCCCAGGAAGUAGUUUCAAGUCCAUUACUAAGGCAGCUCUCCAAAGAUGCAAGCACAUCCACACCUAGCUUUCUUGGAUCAGAUUCGCAAGCCGGUGCACAAGAGAAUGCCUUUGACUCAAAUUUUGAUCCCUCUUUUCUGCCACCCCCCGAACCCUGGAUCGACUCUACAUCAGAGGCUGAAGUAGAAGCAGGCCAGAGGUCAGUGUGUCAAAGGGAUGGACGAUGGUUUAUGAAAUUGCUUCAAGCAGAAAAGGAGCGCAUGGAUGCCUGGUGUCAACAGAUGGAAAAAGAAGAACAAGAAAAUGCCCUUCCUGAAGAAAUUCUGGGGAAAAUCCGAAGUGCAGUUGGAAGUGCUCAGCUCCUGAUGUCCCAGAAGUUCCAACAGUUCAGUGGACUGUGUGAAGAAAAUAUGAAUCCAAAUGCAUGUCCUCGACUGACCUCCCAAGACUUGGCAGGAUUUUGGGAUAUGCUACAGUUGUCAAUUGAAAAUGUCAGUAUGAAAUUUGAUGAGCUGCAUCAACUGAAGGCAAACAGUUGGAAGCAGGUGGAACUUCCUGAAAAGAAGGAGAAAAGGAUUCCCCCUCCCGUGCCAAAGAAGCCCCCAAAGGGUCAGGUACCCCUGAAACGUGAAAAGUCGCUUGAUGCCACAGAGAAACAAAGGCAGGAAGCACGGAAGCGUCUAAUGGCUGCCAAACGGGCUGCAUCAGUAAGACAGAAUUCUGCCACAGAGAGUGCAGACAGUAUUGAGAUUUAUAUCCCAGAGGCCCAGACCAGACUAUAAACUGCACUGCAGAGGAAUGGUGAUAACUUUAAAUCACAGAGCUGGUUGUAACAUAUCCGUGUUACAGUUUCAUUAGAGAUACAUCCUAAUGUCUGUAUCACUUUAACCCUCUGGAAGAACAUUAAGAAUCAGGACAAUUAUGAGCAGGUGUGGCAAUAUUAAUAAACCCAGGUUAAAAAAUCUGUAAACAGUUUUAGCAUAUUCUACCAUUAAUGUUUAGCUACGUAAAAUAUUUGCUAAUUGCCAUGUCAUUUGCAUGGCUUCACUCUAAUUGUUCUUGCAGUUGCUUUUUGAAACUCCUUUCCAGUGUUCUAGCUCCAUUAACUCAUCCACAUAUAUAGUAACGUUUCAAGUACUGACAAUAGUUUAAGUAAAUGAAUGGGGAAAAAAUAAAAAUCAUACGUGCACAGCAAUAGAAACUUCAAUUAUGAUGAAAGGAUGUUGGUGUCUUCCUAAUCUAGAUGUUAGGACUUAGGAUCAUGGUCGUUUAUUUCAAAAUAGAUGGAUAGAUGGAAUGCAUUACUCUCAACAACUCACUUUUGUAAUUGGAAUUUGACAGCCGUAAACAUAUAAAUGCUAACAGCUCCAUGUGUAAAAGGCAAGAACCACUGGCAUUGUGUUGCUAUUGAAGUGCAUAACCUUCAGAGACUUGCAUUCAUUCACUUUCAAGGGUUGCAAUGUUGGAUUAAACGUAAAUUAAAUUCGCUAAUGGCAAAAUUUAAAGGAGUCUUGUGAAUCAUCGUUAUGCUAAGGCAGUUGGUCAAACAGCUUAGAAAGUGGGAAUGAUAAACCUGUGAUACUUGCAGACAACACCAGAGAUAGUGUAAAUGAAAGGGACUUCCAAAUCUUUGUGCUACCUGCUACCAUGCAAAUUCAUUGGUGACACUGGAGUGUUUCUUACUACCACGUUUUAAUAGACAAUAGUUUAGAAAAACAUUUGGAAAAAUGAAAAGCAAUGUAUUUUUAAUUGAACCAUUAGGGUGAUGUAAUGAAUACACAAACCUUUGAAAGGUAUAACCAGUCAAGACUGUGAUGCUUAUGAAAUUCAGUAGGUAAGGGCUAUGGAUUUCUUUGUGGAAAUGCUAAGCUGUACAAACGGAUCUGACUUUCACAAGUCUGAUUUUUUAUAGCUGUACCCUUUAUCAAUUUCCCUUUGAUCCACAAUAUCUAAUCUUCUUACUCACUGUUAUUGUUUGCACAUGUUUUUGAUUGAAAUGUGUCUAACGAUGUCCUGUAGUAAAGAUAUCAGGUACACAUAAUUUACCAGUGAGCUGAGCGCUUCCUUUUUCCAGUAUAUAUUGUAUUCUAAAUGAGUUGGGGACCUAGGUUGCCGAUGCAUUUGCCAAAAUGCAUUAAUCUGUGCCUAUAAUAUGUCUGAUGAAAAUGAAUUACUUUUAAUGAAGCAAAUGUAUGUAUUUGUUGAGGCAGUAAAUUUUUUCUCAGUCCGCCAUACUCACUGCUGUUCGCUUCCACAGAAAGUUUACUGAGUAUUAUUUGUUAAAUGUGCAUGGUAUUAAUUUGAAAUUUCAAAGGCUAUGUUCUUCAGUGGUGAACCUUUGCCGUGAAUUUAGCAGAAAGCAAACCCAAGCAUUUUAUUUGGAAACGGUACUUUCUUUGUCUUUGACACAGUGAGAGCACUUGUUUGUUCUCCAGACUUGUGGCCUAGAUAAUAGGCUUUACCCUCUCUCACACCUUUGUAUUCACCAGAGCUGAAAGGGGCUAAAUGUGGAUGUCACCCUGCAUUCCUUUUUAUACAAGUAUGUAUCUGUAGAACUAUUCUACUGGAAUACAUAGACUGCUUGUGAAAGUUAAUAACUGUGAAUAAUGUUACUUCCCACCAAGUGUGAAAAGAAAAAAAAAAUCAUUUGUGCAAUGUAGAUUAAAACCUGGUGGCAACUGGCUGUUCAUUGAAAACUAUGAAAAUUUUGUUCCAAUAAAACUUCCUAUCAAGUAACCUGUUACUGGUUAUAUUUUAAUAUGAAUGUUGUAAUAUUAUGCUAGAUUAUACUAUAUUGUUUAUUUGAAAGUUGUUAAUUUUUGUUACCUCAUUUGUAUUUAUUGUUUAAAUGUAUAUGCAUUCCUUAACAUAUCAAUGACAUGAAGGAUUUCUCUGUAAGGGGUAUUUCCAAUUAAUAGAAAGGAUGUUGAAUAGAGAAAGCAAAUUACUGAAUAAGCCAGAAAGUGGAUUCCACUCAAAUUUCAAAAUAGUUGGUACAUUGAAAAAGUUUAAUUAAUAAAAUAAUGUAAAUAACUGAAUGUUUGCCAUUAUAUAAAAAACUACUUAAUUAAAAUCACACCU